UCUGUAUGAUAUCUUGUAUGAGACCUUUUGUUUGUCUCGUACGUUUUUGGUUUGGUCGUGCAUUUGAUGCGUGUACCUGUGCAUGAGGUUCAUGAUAGAGUAUAUACUAAUAAGGCUUUCUAAAGGCGUCGCGCUCCGUGCCUUGCCACGCAGUCUAAAUCACUGGCUUAUUAUAAUAAGUUCAACUAUCUACUCCUUACCACAGGCAGCUAUUGCUGCCUGUGCCUUGUUCUUAUUCCAGGUAAUCCUCAAGUUCAAGCUGCUGGGAAGUUACUGGGAAGCCCUACUGUAUAGCUCUCUCGCCUGAGGAAGCUAUCACUGUCUCGGGCUUUACUCGCUAGCCUGGAUAAUUCCUGAUAGCGGCCUGGAAGAGAGAUGUA